AUGGUCACCAUCGCCGACCUCCUCCCCUCCUCGCAGGGCCUUCUUCCCUACUACAUGAUACUCGUCUCCUUGAUCUCCGUUGGCAACUCGGCCCAGUGUCUCUUGACUCUCCACUACACCCGCCGUAUCUACUGCAACAAGUUUGUCACCAACACGAGCCUGGCGCCGAAAUCCGCCCUGCGUGACCCCGAGGACUCGGUCCACAAGCUUGUGCUCGCCACGAACCGCGCCGCCGCCGGCAAUGCCACCGAUCAGGUCACGCCCCUCGCCGCCCGCCUCUUCGCGACCUGGACCCUCCUCGCCGCCGUCGUGCGCAUGUACGCCGCCUACCACCUGGAGCACGCACACAUGUACGACCUCGUCCUUUGGACCUACGUCGUCGCGCUCAGCCACUUCCUCAGCGAGAUGUUCUUCUUCAAGACGGUUAAGUUUGGCGCCCCCUCCGUGUCGCCCCUCAUCGUCGCCACAACGGCCAUGAUCUGGAUGCCUAUGCAGAGGGGCUACUAUGUCCAGCUCCCUUGA